AUGGGUGACGUCCUGGUCGAAAGCGCUGCCAACAGCGUCCAGCCUCACAAGAAGAGCAUCCCCUCCACCAUCCCUAGCAUCGAGAACUUCGAGGGCGUAACGACAGAGGGCAAUGAUGAGUACGAGAACCUCAAGCGGCUGCAACGGCAGCUGGAGUACAUUCAGCUGCAGGAGGAGUACAUCAAGGACGAGCAAAGGAGUCUGAAGCGUGAGUUGGUGCGGGCACAGGAGGAGAUCAAGCGCAUCCAGAGCGUCCCGCUGGUCAUCGGCCAGUUCAUGGAGGCCAUUGACCAAAACACUGGCAUCGUUCAGUCCUCCACCGGCAGCAACUACGUCGUCCGCAUCCUGUCCACCCUCGACCGCGAGAAGCUCAAGCCCUCCUCCUCGGUCGCCCUCCACCGCCACUCCAAUGCCCUCGUCGACAUCCUCCCCCCCGAAGCUGACUCCUCCAUCGCCAUGCUCGGCGCCGACGAAAAGCCCGACGUGACCUACGCCGACGUUGGUGGUCUCGACAUGCAAAAGCAGGAAAUCCGCGAGGCCGUCGAGCUCCCUCUCACCCAUUUCGACCUCUACAAGCAAAUCGGCAUCGACCCUCCCCGCGGUGUUCUCCUCUACGGCCCCCCCGGUACCGGCAAGACGAUGCUUGUCAAGGCCGUCGCCAACUCGACCACGGCCAAUUUCAUCCGCGUGGUCGGGUCCGAGUUCGUCCAGAAAUAUCUCGGUGAAGGCCCCCGCAUGGUCCGCGACGUCUUCCGCAUGGCUCGCGAGAACGCCCCGGCCAUCAUCUUCAUCGACGAAAUCGACGCCAUCGCCACGAAGCGUUUCGAUGCUCAGACCGGCGCCGAUCGGGAAGUCCAGCGUAUCCUGCUCGAACUCCUCAACCAAAUGGAUGGUUUCGACCAGACGGCCAACGUCAAGGUCAUCAUGGCCACCAACCGAGCCGACACGCUUGAUCCUGCCCUUCUCCGUCCCGGCCGGCUCGAUCGCAAGAUUGAGUUCCCCAACCUUCGUGAUCGCCGUGAGAGGAGACUGAUCUUUACGACGAUUGCGGGCAAGAUGAGCUUGGCGCCAGAGGUUGACUUGGAUAGUUUGAUUACGAGGAACGAUCCGCUGAGCGGCGCCGUGAUUGCGGCGAUUAUGCAGGAGGCGGGGCUGAGGGCGGUGAGAAAGAAUAGGUACAACAUUAUUCAGAGCGAUUUGGAGGAUGCGUAUAGCAGCCAGGUGAAGGGGACGACGGAUGAGAACAAGUUUGAUUUUUACAAAUAA